AUGCGUCUUGCUCAAGUGAUCUUUGAUAAAAAUGAUUCAGAGUUUGAAGCUAAAGUUAAACAGCUUAUGGAAGUGACAGGAAAAAAUCAGGAUGAAUGCAUAGUGGCUCUACAUGACUGUAAUGGAGAUGUCAACAAAGCUAUCAAUAUAUUGCUGGAAGGGAAUUCAGACACGACUUCAUGGGAGACUGUAGGAGGGAAGAAGAAGAAUUUUGGAAAAGAAAGUUCAGAAAACAAAGAGAAUAGAGAGAAGAGAAGUGAGAGAGAAGUGAGCCGUGGACGCGGAAGCAACAACCGGAAAGUAAGAGGUGGCAAUCGUGGGAGAGAGUUUAGAGGUGAAGAGAAUGGAAUUGAUUGCAAUCAAGGGGACAAGCCUUCAGACCGUGGCAAGAGAGCUCGUGGUAGAGGGUUUGGACGUGGCAGAGGGAGAGGGGCAGGAAGAUUCUCAACGCAAGGCAUGGGGACAUUUAACCCUGCGGACUAUUCAGAUUCUCCAUCUAUAGAUGGGUGUGGGACAAAAGCAGUAGUUUGGGAAGCUGCUCAGAAUGGUGCAGAUGAGGGAACUGAACUGGCAUCAAAUGCUCAAAAUGUAGCUCAGAAUCUGCCAAACAAAAAUUCUUUUGGACUCAAAGGGGCCUGGAAGAAUUCUGUGGAUGAGUGGACAACGGAAGACUGGACUGAAGAUCUUUCUGAAACAAAGGUCUUCACUUCCUCAUCUGCUCCAGCAGAGCCUCUUGUCACACCUGGGCAAAGUGUUGAUCUGGUAGCCUUGCUCCAGAAGCCUGUUCCUCACAGUCAAGCCUCAGAAGUCAACUCCUUUGAAACUUCCCAACAGCAGGGCUUUGGCCAAGCCCUUAUCUUCACAAAUUCUCAGCACAACAGUCAGAUGGCACAAGAGACUGGCAGCUCCACUGCUGUCAAUCCCUAUCCACCUCAGAGUCUGUCAUCCGUCCUUGGUUCAGGAUUUGGAGAGCUCGCACCUUCCAAAAUGGCAAACAUCACCAGCUCCCAGAUUUUGGACCAGUUGGAAGCUCCAAGUUUGGGCCAGUUAACCACCACCCCAAGUUCACAGCAGAAUAAUACAGGUCCUCCCACAGCCGCUUCUUCUUGGGACCUCAAGCCCUCAGCAUCCCAGUCCUCAGUCCUUAGUCAUUUUGACUUCAAAUCUCAGCCUGAGCCAUCCCCUGUUCUUAGCCAACUGAGCCAACGACAGCAGCAGCAGACUCAGGCAGUCACUGUUCCUCCUCCUGGGUUGGAGUCCUUUCCUUCCCAGGUGAAACUCCGAGAGUCAGCACCCAGAGACAGCAGUACCUCCACUGUGAACAAACUUCUGCAGCUUCCCAGCAUGACUGUCGAACACAUCGCCGUGUCUGCUCACCAGCCACAGCCUAAACACAUCAAACUCCCUAAGCGGCGAAUACCUCCAGCUUCUAAGAUCCCAGCUUCUGCAGUGGAAAUGCCUGGUUCAGCAGAUGUCACAGGAUUAAAUGUCCAGUUUGGCGCCUUGGAAUUUGGAUCAGAACCUUCUCUCUCUGAAUUUGGAUCAGCUGCAAGCAGUGAAAAUAGUAGCCAGAUUCCCAUUAGCUUGUAUUCGAAAUCUUUAAGUGACUCUUUGAAUACCUCCCUAGCAGUGACCAGUGCAGUGCAGAACUCCACCCACACAACUUCAGUCAUUACCUCCUCCAGUCUGACCAGCUCAUCGCUGGGCUCCACUAGUCCCGUAACAACAUCUUCCUCCUACGACCAGAGUUCUGUGCAUGACAGGAGCGCAUACCAAAGUUCUGUGAGUCCAUCGGAGUCAGCUCCAGGAACCAUCAUGAAUGGACAUGGUGGUAGUCGAAGUCAGCAGACAGUAGACACUCCUUCAUCUGUUCCAGCUCCAAAGACAACAGACCCUCCCUCUGCCCUCCCAUCCGUGGGCUCCCUGCCCAGCACCACCUCCUGCACUCCGCUUCUGCCCUCUGUACCCCAGCACACUGCCGCUCUGCCCUCCUUGUCCCAGCCUGGUGACCUGUCCAGCAGCCCCCUCUCUCAGCUUAGCAGAUCAUUUCUAACCACAGAACACCUGGACUGGGUUCCAAGGCCACACAGAAGGAAGGAUGUGAAGGGAUGGGCAAGCUCGUGUGCAGCCCUCCUAGAUGCGUGGGUCCCUCAGGUGGAGUGCUGGGGGGUGCACACGCGGGGCUCUGCCUUGUCUUCCAGCUCUCUCUCCGGCCACCAGAGCAGCCUCUCCUCUGCGCACACGGUGCUCUCCACCAGCACGUCACACACGCUCUGCUGCAUUACAUUAUUUAAUCAGGCCUCCUCUGAUGGAACGUUAGGGCCAUUUUCAGUCUUGAUACCUUGGAAAUACUGUGGGUUCAGUUAUAGACCACCACCGUGGGAAUAUUGUGGGAAACAUGCCGGCGUGGAGAGCACCCCUUCCCUCCAGUCCUCAGCCACCUUCUCAACGGCAGCAACCUGUGCCUCGAGUGCCGCGUCCUCAGGGCUCAGCCUGCCAAGCAGCAUGAACACGGUCAACAGCCUCUGCCUGGGCGGUACCGCUGUGAGUGCCCCCAGCAGCAGUGCCAGGGCCACGCCCUUGGUGACCUCAGGCAAAGCGCCCCCCAGCCUGCCCCAGGGGGCGCCUCCCCUGCUGCACAGCCAGUACCUCGUGGGCCCCGGAGGACUGCUUCCUGCCUACCCGGUUUAUGGCUAUGACGAGCUCCAGAUGCUGCAGUCACGGCUGCCGAUGGAUUACUAUGGGAUUCCCUUCGCUACACCCGCAGCCCUUGCUAGUCGAGAUGGGAGCCUUGCUAAUAAUCCCUAUUCAGGUGAUGUCACAAAGUUUGGCCGAGGAGACUCUGCAUCCCCUGCACCUGCCACCACCCUGGCUCAGCCCCAGCAGAGCCAGUCCCAGGCCCACCACACAGCCCAGCAGCCCUUUCUGAACCCUGCCCUGCCACCUGGCUACAGCUACACUGGCCUCCCCUACUAUACAGGCAUACCCAGUGCCUUCCAGUAUGGGCCCACCGUGUUUGUCCCCCCAGCCUCAGCCAAGCAGCACGGUGUGAGCCUCAGCAGCCCCACCACCCCUUUCCAGCAGGCCAGUGGCUAUGGCCAGCACAGCUACAGUGCAGGUUACGAUGACGUGAGCCAGGGGGCGACAGCAGGAGACUACACCAAGGGUGGCUAUGGUGGAUCAUCGCAGGCACAGAGCAAGUCUGCAGGUUCUGGGCCUGGCAAAGGAGUGUCGGUGUCUUCGAGCGGCCCCAGCCUCCCUGACGUGACUGGGUCCGUCUACAGCAAGACUCAGACUUUCGACAGGCAGGGAUUUCACGCGGGGACCCCACCACCGUUCAGCCUGCCCUCGGCCUUGGGCUCCCCUGGGCCCCUGGGCCCUGGUUACGCGCCCUCACCGCUCGUGCACGUCCUGCCCGCCCACCAGCAGCCUCACUCACAGCUGCUGCACCACCACCUCCCGCAGGAUGCUCAGAGCGGCUCCGGUCAGCGCGGCCAGCCCAGCUCCCUGCAGCCCAAGUCGCAAGCCUCCAAACCUGCCUACGGCAACUCUCCAUACUGGACAAACUGA